AGAGAAGCUCAAGGAAGCAUGAAGAGACCAACGGGGAUUCCAGGCUAGGGACAGGGACUUGCUUUCCCCUCCUCGCCCUCUCUGUCACCGGCUUCACUUUGGGACUGGACAGAGCAGAAAGGAGCUUCUCUUCACCUGAAGCUUCCAGCUUGGCUGUGUCUCAGGGGAUUGGACACUGGCCAAAUGACCUGGGGACCAAAGCAGUCUGGGAACAGACACAAGAUGGCUUGCCUCAGACCAAGGGCUCCUUUCCUGGGUCUUCCCUUGAGCCUUCUCUUGCUGGGGGCUCUCGUCCUGGUAGCAUCAGCCAUGGAAGCAGUCAGCCUGGUGGAUUUCUGUGACCAGAUGCUGCAUGGGGAUGGGAUGAUCAUCCGCUCCCAUCCAGAUUCCCAGAAAUUCUACUUUGUGGCUGCUGAGACAGAUUGCUGGCUCACAGUGCAGGCUGCAUCCCCCCAGGACAGAGUCCUGUUCCAGUUCCGUUUCUUUCUGGUAUACAGCCUGACCCAGCCUCCACCUUCGGAGCUGCCCCAGCCAAACACCUCUGGGCCCAGCCAAGUGACAGAGGGCCCCUGCACUGCUGGCUCCUCCUUGCAGUUCUACGAUGGGCCAGCCAAGGAGGGUCCCCCCCUUGGGGGCCCGCUAUGUGGACUGACCAUCCCGGGCCCGAUCCUGUCCACAGGCAGAUUCCUGAGUCUGCGCCUAGUGACAAGGGGCCAGCAGCCCAGGGUGGAUUUCAUUGGGGACUUCACUUCAUUCCGAUUAGCUGUCCCCAUCCCAGGCUCCAGCAUCCCUCCCUGUAACUCCAGCUUCUACUUCCUCUGCCGCAACAAGAAGUGCAUCCCCCCGAGCCUGGUGUGUGACCCCUGGGGCAUCGACAACUGCGGGGAUGGAAGUGACCAGACGUCCUCCCCCCCUGCCAGCUGCAGAGGAGGAACUAUCAUCCCCAUUUUCCAGAGGAGAAAACUGAGACUCACAGAGUUAAAUGACAAAGGUAAUGCCCCUGGUUACUCAGUAAAUGGGAAGGAUGGAAGUCAGCUGUUCAGCGCCUAUAUUGGCCAUCCCUGUGACUUUCCUGACCACAACAUUGCCCCUCUAUAUAUCGUCUUCCAUUAUUAUCCUCUCCAGCUCCAGGAUGCUAUGUUUCCAGCUGUGACCAAGGCCGCCCCAAGGACAACUGGAGGGCCCCCGAACCCCGGCAGCAGUGAGCCUCAGAGGAGGUGGCCUGCCCCCCAGGAGGGAUCAGCCACAGGGUCUCCGAGGACUCUGCUGGCAUCCUUGGUGCUGCUGGGCUCCGUGGGGGGUCUUGGGGGCCUUCUCUGGUGCUGCUGCUGCUGCCCCCCAGGCCGGACCCCCGGCAGGACCAGGGCAGCCAAACUGCUUCCCGGCCACAGCUCCAUCUGUGCUGCCCGCUGCUCCCUGGGCCUGCUGGCCUGCCUCGGCUCAGGCCGGGUCACCCCUUGGGGGGCAGCGGAACAGGCUGGCCAAGCUGGGGGGCAGGGGCUCUCCCUCUAGUUUUGGCCUCGGGGGCAGGGGGCCGACCUGAAGCCCCCAGAUUUCCUCCCCCAGCCAAAUGUUCUGAUGUGGCUUUUAGCACUCCCCUGCACCAUCAUCAUCAUCAUUGCCAGCAUUUAGAGAGCUUUUUGGGUCUGCAGAGUGCUUAAUGGGGGUGAUUUCCCAUGAACUCCCAGCUCAUCCCUCUGGAUGGAAGGCCACGGCCCAGACACAAUGGCAGGCACCCGACUGGGGGUAGCACCUUUUAUUGAAGACAAAGACCACAGGAGGAGCCCCUUCCCAUCCCCUCACAGCAGGCGGGGGCCUGGUUUGUUCGCCCCUCGGAAGGGCCCCGGGGGACUUGCAGGGUGCCAGGCCCCAGAGGUAGAGGGCAGGCCGGAAGAGACAUGACCUCGCUUCCAUCCGAACUGGGGCAAGAGGAGAUGUUUUUCCCACCCUGGGCCUCCUACACACCCUUAGAUUGGAUGUCCAGAGCUCUUGUCUCCUUCCCGCCAGCUUCAAGCUCCUGGUGUUCCCCCCACCCCCAGCUAGUGCCCUCAUGUCUCCCAAUUCUUGUGUACUCCCCCCACCACAGCAACACGGAUAGUUGACCUUACCCCCCGCCCCCAACCCAGUCAGACUGCUUCCGGGGGAGCCCAGCCAGCUCUCAGCCGGCCUCGGGGAUGCAGGAGCCGUGGCCCGGGCUUUGCCUCGGACAAAUCCUUUUUGAGCUGUUGGGUAGAGGGCCGUUGUUCAGCUGGCACUGAGAGAAGGUUGGCGGGCUAGCUCUCAGCCGUGGGGGCUCGUGGGUUGGGGGUACCACGGGCAAACAGGCUGACUCAGUGAUACCAGAAUG